AAAAAACCGCACACCUUCUUUCACAAAGAGAAACAAAAUAAAGUGCUUGAGAAAAAACCAAGGUUGAUGAAGCUCCUGGAAAGAAGCUAUAGUACGGACGAGGGGAAAGGGGGGCGAGAGGGGGAAAAACACAGCGAGAUGACUCACUUCACUUCACUAAGCAGCUGCCACUUCCACUAGCUAGUGAGUUCAAGGAAGAGGAAUCUUGUAGCUAGGGCAGCUCAGUCUCCUCUCCCCCUUGCGGGAGGAUCGAACUGCAGCAGCGCCAGCCACAAAUAUUGGCCACGCGGGCGCGCGCCCACCCAGCACCCACCAACCUCCCCGGCUGGCCGUCUCCAUCGAUCCAUAUUGCCGGCCAUCCCCGUCUCCACUCCAUCCAUCCCUGCCACAUCCCAGAGCUAGCUAGCAGCGGCUAGGCGUGCAGUGCGCGCGCGUCAAUGCAUGCCGGCCCAGCCAAUUCCCCUCUGCUCGCCUCCCUCCCUCGGUGCGAACGCAGCUCAAGAUCGAUAUAGAAUUUCUUAGGAGAAAAAACAACACAUACACGCAUACAUAGGUGGAUCCCCUCUCUAGUAGUGCCCAACCUACAUGCUAUAGCUCUGCUGCAGCCGCAGUGUCUAUUCUCGAGCACCAGGCCAAGCUGCUGGUCUCGGCAGAAGCCAGCAAGGGGCAACAAGAAGAAGGAUCCAGGAUUGCUGCUUUCUCGCUCCGAUCCGAACAACCACUGGGCGGCACGGCAGCGAAGGAAGCUCUUUUAUAGUUGCUUGCCUCUUCUCAAGAUCUGGUCUUCCUCCUCUCCUCUACCUGUUGGCGAAUCGGGAUGCCGCAGUAAUCCACGGGAAGAAGUAUCCAAGCAUACAUACAUGGAGUUUACUGCGACAAGCAGUAGGUUUUCUAAAGGAGAGGAGGAGGUGGAGGAGGAGCAGGAAGAGGCGUCGAUGCCGCGCGAGAUCCCUUUCAUGACAGCCGCGGCCGCCACCAGCGCCGCCGCGCCUUCUGCUUCUGCGUCGGCCUCGACACCCGCGUCAGCGGCCGUGUCUGCGUCGCCGGCUGGAAGUAGCCCUCCCUUUCGGUCUGGGGAUGACGCCGGAGCGUCGGGGAGCGGGGGCGGCGGCGGCGGCGUGGCGGAGGCGGUGGAGAAGGAGCACAUGUUCGACAAGGUGGUGACGCCGAGCGACGUGGGGAAGCUGAACCGGCUGGUCAUCCCCAAGCAGUACGCCGAGAAGUACUUCCCGCUGGACUCGGCGGCCAACGAGAAGGGCCUCCUGCUCAACUUCGAGGACAGCGCCGGGAAGCCAUGGCGCUUCCGCUAUUCCUACUGGAACAGCAGCCAGAGCUACGUCAUGACCAAAGGGUGGAGCCGCUUCGUCAAGGAGAAGCGCCUCGACGCUGGGGACACCGUCUCCUUCUCGCGCGGCGCCGGCGAGGCCGCGCGACACCGCCUCUUCAUCGACUGGAAGCGCCGGGCCGACACCAGAGACCCGCUCCGCUUGCCCCGCCUCCCGCUUCCGAUGCCGCUAACGUCGCACUACAGCCCGUGGGGCCUCGGCGCCGGCGGCAGAGGGUUCUUCAUGCCGCCCUCGCCGCCAGCCACGCUCUACGAGCACCGUCUCCGUCAGGGCUUCGACUUCCGCGGCAUGAACCCCAGUUACCCCACAAUGGGGAGGCAGGUCAUCCUCUUCGGCUCGGCCGCCAGGAUGCCUCCGCACACACCAGCACCACUCCUCGUGCCGCGCCCGCCGCCGCCGCUGCACUUCACAGUGCAACAGCAAGGCAGCGGCGCCGGCGUAAGUGUAACCGCAGGGUCCCCAGUGGUGCUCGACUCGGUGCCGGUAAUCGAAAGCCCGACGACGGCAACCAAGAAGCGCGUGCGCUUGUUCGGCGUGAACCUUGACAACCCGCAGCAUCCCGGCGAUGGCGGGGACGAGUCGAGCAAUUAUGGCAGUGCACUGCCAUUGCAGAUGCCCGCAUCAGCAUGGCGGCCAAGGGACCAUACGCUGAGGCUGCUAGAGUUCCCCUCGCAUGGUGCCGGUGCCGAGGCAUCGUCUCCGUCGUCGUCGUCGUCUUCCAAGAGGGAGGCGCAUUCAGGCUUGGAUCUCGAUCUGUGACCUAAAGGAAAGUUCUGCGAUUCUUUCUUUCUUCUACCAUUUGAUUUUCGGUUCUUCUCGUCAUCUCACUUCUCAUGUGAUUCAGUUAUAAGCUUUUGAUGAUAGCGGCAGCUAGGGAUUUAACAUUUGCCCCCUUUUCGGCACUUGAAAUUUUUGUGUUGGUUUGAGAAGUCAUAAAGAAAUUAAGCUUAGGCA